GGCCUGCGGGCAGCCCUGCCAUCACCGGGAGACCCCCAGUCCCCUCACUCGAGCUCGCGGCCGAGGGCACCCAACGCCCGGCCGCCAUCACCCAGCGACCUGGCCGCUUCGCGCGCGCCGCCAUUUCCAACGGCUUCCUCCCCGCUCAUCCCCGCCUCUCGGCGAGCCCUGGGCCCGCCCCUGCUGUAGGUGCGGCCUCGUCCCCAGCCACCAUCGGCCAGAAGAUGCUAAAACCCUUCAUCAGUGAUGAACUGCUUUCCCUGGUGUGUCCCAGCCUACCAUAAAUCAGCACUGGCUUUGGGCCCAUGAUGGGUAGUGUAUAAGUGUCUUUACUGAUUGAAAACCUGAAAUAUUUUUUUUGCUGUGAAAGCUGGAAAAUGUUCAAAAAUCAGUAUCAGGGUGGUCCAUUUGUUGAAAUAUUCAGUGCUCAAGGCAAGAACCCAGGAGCAAAAUGGAAGAUUUUUGGCAAUCCUUCAGCUAUAUGGAAAGAAUAUGAUAAAGAAAUAAAGGGCUUUGUUUUUGUACUUGAAGGAAGCAGUCAAAUCAACAGAAUGCAGCUACCAAAGGAAACUAAACAAGCUCUGGGACUGAUCCAGCAGUUUCUGACACUUCAGAUUUUUGUGCCAAUGGGACAAGACUUCUCCACCGAGUUACUGAUAACUGAUUUAGGAAAUAUUAAAAGAAGAUUGUAUUUAUCAACGGUCCACAAGGAGUUGUCUGUAACCCCUCUGCAUGCAAAAAUUCCUCUACAUAUGAUCAAGCGCAAAAUAUGGUGCAAUAUGUGUAUUGACUUGGUAGCAUUCACCAGUGAAAUAUUCAGAGGAGCUGUCUUCCAGUCUUUGGAUGGAAUUAUUAUUUCAGCUAACUGUAAGCUGAGAAAGAUCUUCACUUUAAAAUCCAAGCCUCAAGAUACAGCCGAGGAAGAUGGUAUGUGCUUUGUUCCAUUUACACCGUAUGAGACCAUAGAAGUUAUUCCUCGAACCUGCCAGCUAAAUACAGAUGUGCCACAAGUUACACAAUUGCUGAACUUGGCUAAAAUUCACAAGCCAGAAAUAAAAUGCAGGAGUUAUCCAGUAACAAUGCAAGAAACAGGAUGCUUGAUUAAUAGGGGAAAAGGCAAUAUACGCAGCAAUAAAACGCAAGACAUAUCACAUAUUGCAUUUGGAUCAAAGAUCCUUGGACCACCUCCAUCUUCAAACAGAAGAGUCAGUACAAGGGUAUCUGGAGAGGUAACAAGGACUGUAGGUAGCAAAAGUAAUAGAUCAUGCCGACUUCAAAGUUCAGGAAAAGGAACUGAAUCCCGACUUCAAAGUUCAGGAAAAAGAACUGAAUCCCUACAAGACAUCGAGAGAUUGGAGCUGUCAUUCUCACCAUGCAAUGAUUCUUUAGAUCAAGGAGGCAAAAGAAAUACUCACCGAACAGCUGAAGAUGUACAUCAAAAUGACUCUGCGAUUCAGACUCAGAAAAUGUCUGAGAAUGGAAGAGCAGAUUUUCAGCUCCCCUCACCACAAGAUCUAUCACCAGACAAGAACAAUCAUGGAAGAUUAUGUAUAAAAAAUGCAGCCCAAAACACAUGGGAGAUAGCCAGUGAUGAAUGGGUGUUUCCAGAAAGUUUCAAGGAGAGUGUUCAGUUGGAUAAGAGUGGACAGUUUGUAACUACUCAAGAUUCAGCCUGCCAUAGUUUAACCUCACCACAGAAUGCCUCUGCUGAACAUCAUAGCAAUGAAACAGGUGAUCACCAUGUGAAUCAUAAAGAGAUUUUCACAUUUUCAUCAAGACCUCGGUCAGCUCCUCAUGGGAAAUCUCCAAAUAGGUCACCAGAACAUUGCAUUUUCCCUUUGGAUUUGAGGCAAGACAGUAACCAAGUACAUGGGGAAAUCCAGGUUGCAGAUAACUUUCAAGGAAUUGACAGCAGUGAAGAGGAUGACAACAAUAAAUUUAUCCAGGGUACUGAGAACCUAGAGAUCAGUGUCAGCAGGCAAGGAACAUCUGAUUCAGCAAUUUUUGAAGAGAACUCAUUAAAGAGGAUGCCAUGGAGAAAUGAAUACUGGAAGAAUAAGGAACACAGCAAACAAAACCUCGAGGAAACCAUCUUGUCAAAACCACAGAGUUCCACUGUGAGAAAAACAGAUUCUGUUAUCUCUCAGAGAAGCUUAAAGCCUACCCUUUCUCUUUCUCCAACUGGAAGUAAAUCUGAAUUCUUUAACAUCAUUCCAAAUGCAUCUGAAAAAACUGAAAGACCUGAAGGAGUUUCUGGUCAAAUAAAACCAUCAAUUAGUAAGAAGUCCCUCAAGAAAAUCUCAAGAGAAAAUUCAUGUCUGACAACACAGACUUGUGAGUAUGACUGGAAAAACUACCAGACAAGUAGACUGAGUGUAUCUGAACUGCAGAUGCUGGCUAGCAUGAGGAGGCAACAAAAUGAAGAAUUAAGGGAUACAGAGAUCUCUCAUGGGCUAAGCGCAUCACAGAUAGACAACUGCAAUGUUAGCAUAAGUACAAGCAGUGAUGAUACAGCAACCUGGAAUUCUUGUUUCCCACCACCCGUCAGUCAGGAGCAUCACUAUCAGAAAGAAAUGAGCCCACUUUCUCAUUCCAACCCACGAGACUGGUUGAACGUGUUCAGUCCACCCCUCACUCCUGCAAGCCAAAAACUGGACAAGCACACUAAAUCUUCAACAAAUCAGAGUAUUCCAGGUGAAGAUGACCUCAAUGCUGAAGAAGAUGAGGAAGUCUUGACUCUUUUGUAUGAUCCAUGUCUGAACUGUUACUUUGACCCAAAUUCUGGGAAGUACUAUGAAUUGGCAUAGUCAGAUCAUGAGAUACAUUAUUUUAUAGUCAGAAUGGGUUUAUCUUUUAACUGUUUGUAAAGUGUGACUGAGCUGUAUAAUUUAUCAUGUAACUUAAAACAUGAAUUAACCAACAGUUUUGCAAACAAAUGAAUAUAUUAUGUAAAUAGUGUCUUAUUUUUAUAGUUUCACAUUAAGUUGUAAUGCAGUGGAAAAUCACAUCACAUAAAAGUUCCUUGUGGCUAAGACAUUUAUUUGUUAGUCUAAUUUAUUUCCAAUACUCAAAGGUUCUACAUGGGAACAAAUGAAGUUGAAUCAAGAGCUUUUGUGGUGUUCAUCUGUAAAUUAUGCUUUGACUCAAAUAAAUUUAUUUUUUUUUAAUUACUUGCUUACUGGAUAAUUUUAAUCGAUUCCAAGCUAUCUUACCCUUUGUACUGUUAAAAUACACAAUGCAUUGUUCAAAGGCGUCUAUUUCAUAAGUUCCCUCCCUCCCUUUAGUCAUCAGAAAAAAAAAGCAGUAUUUUCCUCAUCUUCGAGAAAUUCCCUACUGUUGCUUAUUACAGUAAUGAGAUGAUGUCAAAGCUGUAGAGUGUUACAGUGUGUACAGUACAGUGCACUGUAAGGUGUGUAGACAGGCAGUUUGUAAAUCUAGACCACAACAGGGUAAAUACAGCAGGCCCUGAGAUUACCAGCUACUGUCUACUUUACUGCUGUAAUUUAACAUAGCCCUGAAGAAGAGCAAUGAGUGAUUGUUUCAACACUCACGAAUUGGAGCCUUGUUCCAUGUGAAGUAAGAAAGUGUGUAUAUGAUUCAUAUGUGAAGCUGUGCUCAGAGUACAGUAUUUCUUUUUCUGUUAUACCUUGCAAUAAAAGAAGAUAAUUUAUUUUUCCUGUCUGUAUUGGCUUUCAGUGCAGUUUUCAGUGAAGGCCCCAAACUUCAAGGGCCAAAGUUCCAACGUAGAGAUUUAAAUUGCCUGCAUCACGGUGUGAUUGUUUUCUGUUGUACAUAUAAUAUCCCUGUUGAGCAUGAAGAAAGAUUAUAGAGAUAAACCAGACCAUACGUAGCCUUUGCAAAUAAAAUCAGCACCUGAAACUGAAUAAAAUACUGUGCAUGCAGAUGUGUCAAGCUUUGUCUGCUCAAGAAAGCAGUUAACCUGAUGCUGAUGCUUCUGCAGUGCCACGGCUGUUACUUGGCUCCAAGCAGUGCCCAGCCCCAAAGCAGGGGAGAUUCUGCAACGCUGAGCAGAGGGACUCACCACCAGUGACCCCCCCCAAGCCAACAGGGCGCUUGCUCAAAGGGUAAAUAAAUCAUCAGAAAAACAGUUGGCUGGUAUUGGAGAAAAGGUGCGGGGCAGGGACUGCCUAUGAAACAAGAAGUCCAAGGAGAGAAGCUGUAAUGGAGUUGAGUUAGUGGAGCAGCGUUGGAGUCCACCAGUUCAGUACAUAACAGUUUCAUAGAGACAGUUAAACGGGAUGUCAACAUCACAUGGCAAAAGUGAUCUAUAGACAUUGCUCGAAGUUUCUACUUGAUUAUAUCCAGUGCUGUUCCACAGUAAUCAUUUGCAAGUUGAUUACUCAGUGAAUUUUUAAGAAUAAUGUAUUCGAAUGUCAUAAAGUGAGCUUAGUAAGCUCACUGGCAAGUGAUUUAAAAUGUUAUGUCUGUAAAUUAUUUGUAAUUAUGGAUGCCAGUUAAUGAAUAUCCUAGAAUCAAUUGGAAAUGCAGUUGUUAAUAGUGGCUUGGCAUAAGAUCAGAUUGUGUAUUUGGCUUGCGUGGCAGGUACAAACAUAUCAUCACAAAUUGAUUCGAGUAGCACUGAAAUCCACGGGAAGACAGAUACUGUGUGGAGAUAAUUUACUUACCCUGCCUUAGCCUGCUUCUCCCAGAAAGAUUUGUAUCUGUUCUUGCUAAUGCCAUAAUCAGUUUAAAAGUUCAAUGAAAUCAUAAUUUUGCCCUUCAAAAAUCAGAUCCUAGCUUGUGCAUGCUUGUACAUAUCUAACUGCUUUCUGUUUACCAACAUUUAGUGAUCAGGACCGUGUUCUCUGUAUUUGAGGCAAGGGCUAUUUAAAAUGUAUUGUUAAUUUUCCUUUCACAGCCCCAUGUCUCACAGGAAUGAUUGGAUGUGCUACAGCACCACUGUGAAUCCAGACUGGGUCACUGAUGCUUCUGAGAUAACAGCUCACUUUGUAAAUAAAUAACUCUUUCAGAGUGUCUGC